AUGGGGGAUGGGUCUGCUAAAGGAAAGGGUGGGGGUGAUUGGGAGCAAUCUGUGGAGGGGAGCAAGUUGACUGACACUUCUUUGCUUGGACAUCAAUUUCACUUUCCACCUAAUAAAGUUUUGAAUAGGGAGGGUUGGAAGUCAAGUUUAAAAGAGGCAGCUACAGGUGGAAGUGAUGGGGUUGGGCCUAUGUCAAGCGAGGUUGGAGAUCCUAAGAGGUGGAGAUUCACGGGGCUGUAUGGUAAACCCAAGGUCGAAGAGAGGUAUCGUAUGUGGAACUUGCUACGGCAGUUAAGCUUGCAAGGAAAUUUUCCAUGGGUAGUUGGAGGUGACUACAAUGAGAUUAUCUCAAAUUCGGAUAAGUUCGGGGGUGCUGUGAGGAGUGCUUCGCAAAUGAAGGGUAUGCAGGAUGCUCUUGAUUUUUGUGAUCUUGGGGACAUUAAAUUUUUAGGCCCGAAGUUUACAUGGAUGGGUAUACGGGGUGGGGAGGAGGUGAAGAUCAGAUUGGAUCGCUUUACUUGUAAUGAUAGUUGGAAGGAUCUGUACCCGGCGUCAUGUGUGAGCCAUUUACUUCCAAGCACAUCUGAUCACCUGCCCAUCCUAUUACCAGUGAGAGAAAAAAAAAAAAGGAGGAAAAAAAGGAGAAAGAGAUUUAAGUUUGAGGAGUUUUGGUUACAAGAUGAGAAGUGUCGAGAGGUUGUUAAGAAGGGUUGGGAGAGUAUUACUGGGGUGGAGCCUUUUAGCACGGUGUGUAAAAAAAUUAAUGCUACUAGACGGGCUUUAGAGGAUUGGAGUGAGGAGCAUUUUGGUAGCCUCAAGAAGGAGAUUGAGAACACCAGAGCUAAAUUAGCCGUCUUAUAUGAUAACUCAUGCUCUGCUCCACUUGAUGUCUCUAGAGUUGAGCUUGAAUCGAAACUACAUGCUUUGUUACAGAAAGAGCAAGCCUUUUGGAAGCAGAGAGCUAAGAUCUUUUGGCUCUCGAAUGGUGACUUGAAUACCAAAUUUUUCCACCAGAGAGCCAAAAACAGAUAUAAGAAGAAUUCAAUUGAAGGGCUUUUCAAUAGUGAAGGGAAGUGGUGUACGGAUGACAGAGAGCUAGAGCAAGUGGUGGUGUCAUACUUUAUGGAAUUAUUUAUGCCCUUACAACCCACAUGCUUCCAGAAUAUUCUAGAAGCAAUACCAUGUGUUAUAAAUGAGGAAGAGAACCAGAGGCUGACGCGCGGCAUUGAACAGGAGGAGGAUUUGGUAGGCAACGACGUAGUGGAGGCUGUGAGGAGUAUGGUUAGGUCUGAUGACUGCUUGAGGGCUGAGGUACCAGAUUGUUUAGCUAUAAAAAAUAUUUUAAUGGAGUAUGAGACUGUCUCGGGGCAGCAGGUUAAUUUUCAGAAAAGCUGUAUUUCUUUUAGCAAAAAUGUGAGCUUAGUGUUUCAAGAGGAGUUGGCUGGUAUUUUGGGUAUGACUAGAGUGGAGAAACAUGAUAAGUACCUGGGUUUGUCCAUUGAGAUCAGUUACUCGAAGGAGGAAGCAUUUGAGUUUGUAAACGAAAAGAUUAGAGUGCAGACUCAAGGUUGGAGGGAGAAGACUCUAAGUGGUGCCGGAAAGGAAGUGUUAAUUAAGGCUAUGGCGCAGGCCAUUCCGUCAUAUGUGAUGGGGUGUUUUGAAUUACCAAAGCACUUGUGCAAUACAAUGGAGCAAUUAAUGGCUCGUUAUUGGUGGGGUGGGUCUGAGGAGGAUAGAAAAAUACAUUGGCUUUCAUGGGAGAAGUUGUGUCACCCUAAGAGUGAAGGAAGGUUGUGA